AUGAACCGACUUCUAAGCGCCCCCAUCCUUUUUAUGAGCUUGGGAUUCAAAGUCCACGGUUUGUAUCAUCGGGGCAUGGUCUAUGGAUUUGACACAGUGAGUCCGGGGUUUGCCCAAGCCAACCUCACAUGGACAUCAUGCUUCGAUUCCUUCAAUUGCUCUAAAUUGGAUGUUCCUUUGGACUAUUCCAACCGAAGUCUUGGCACAACGUCGAUUGCCUUCAUCAAGCUGGCUGGCAAGAAUGCCACCGUCGAGUCUCCAAGCAUUGUGAUCAACCCCGGCGGUCCGGGUGGUUCAGGUGUUGACCUACUCCUCACAUACCAGGAUCUCGUCGGAGAGAUGUUUGGAGACCAAUACAACUUCGUCUCCUAUGACCCUCGCGGUGUGAACAACAGUGGCUUGCAUCUAGACUGCUUCCCAAACGACGCAAAAGCAAGAUCAACCUUCUAUCGACUGCACAGAACAGGCGCCACCAAUAUCUCAUCAACAUCAUUUGAGGAACAGUACUACUCAAGCUCUAUCUACGGCGAGUGGUGCAACAAUGCUGUGGAGAACCACACACCCCAUGCCUAUUAUGUGGCUACACCAGCAGUCGCCCAUGAUUUGCUCACAUUCACCGAAGCCGAAGCUAAGAUGGCCGGUCAGUCCCCAUCAACCGCCAAACUGUGGUCCUAUAGCAUCAGUUACGGCACUGUUAUCGGAAGCACUUUUGCUUCCAUGUUUCCUGAUCGCGUUGGGAGAAUGGUCCUCGAUGGUGUUAUAAACGCAGAGCAAUAUUAUGACAACUAUUGGACAGACAAUGCGGAUCAAAUGGACGAGGCCAUGGAAACAUUCUCGACCUUUUGCCAUUUGGCAGGUCCUGAAAAGUGCUCAUUUUGGGGACCCACCCCAGCUAACAUCACGGCGAGAAUGGAUGCCAUCAUCACUCGGCUUCAGAACCAUCCAGUCCCGCUAAAUGGAAUCGGUGAUUCAGACCUGCCGACAAUGGUCACCUAUUCAGACUUGAAGACUCUUUUUCUCAACUCAAUCUACACACCACUGGCAAGCUUUCCCAGCAUGGCCGACAUCCUACACCAGGCCGAGCGUGGGAAUGUCUCCGCUCUUGCGGGCAUGUAUGAACAGUCAAACUCUAUAACCGAUGCCCGUCUCGCCAUUACGUGCGCCGACUCGUAUCGGAGAAACAGGCUGACUACUAUCGAAGAGUUCAAGGCUUGGACAGAGUACAUGGUUUCCAAGAGCAAGUACAUCGGUGAUGUUUACCCUACCUAUUUGGAGGGCAAAAUAAGUGUACUAAACAAGCCUAUGUCCUUUCCGAUCCUCUUUGCAAGUAAUACCAUCGACCCCAUCACGCCGUUACAAUCGGCGCGUAAGAUGUCCUCUCGGUUUGCCGGAUCGGUACUUUUAAUGCAAGAAGCCGUUGGUCAUACGGUCAUCGACCAGGGAGCGUCGGACUGUUACUUUGCACAUAUCCAGGCAUACCUCGAAGGGACUGUUCCAGCUUCCAACACUACAUGCCCGCGACAAUACAUUCCCUUUAUAGAUGCCAACCCCCUUUAA